CAUUGAUUCUAACCCUAUAUCUGAUUCUGAGCCUGACUACUUGCAUAACUUGUUUGCUUCGGAUUCUGAACUUGAUUUUGAAAUGGCUGAUAAUAGAACCUUAAGGCAAUUAGCUGCUCCUGAUGUGAAUUAUAAUGGCUUGUGUAUUGAAUAUGAUGCUGCUGCUGUUCCUUUUGAAUUAAAAUCAGGUUUAAUACACUUGUUGCCCAAGUUUAGUGGUCUUGCAGGUGAGGAUCCGCACAAACAUCUGAAAGAAUUCCAAGUGGUGUGUUCUACACCACUUAAGCCUGAAGGGAUCACUGAAGAUCACAUCAAACUUCGAGCUUUUCCUUUUUCAUUGCAGGGUGCAGCGAAGGAUUGGAUAUAUUAUCUCGAGCCAAACUCAAUUGCAAGCUGGACUGCCCUGAAAAAAGUGUUCUUGGAAAGAUAUUUUCCUGCUUCCAGAGCUGCCUCAAUAAGAAAGGAGAUUUGUGGCGUUAGACAAGGUAAUGAGUCGCUGACCGAGUAUUGGGAGAGGUUCAAACACUUGGUAUCUAGCUGCCCUCAACACCAGAUUACCGAGCAACUCCUCAUCCAAUACUUUUAUGAGGGGUUGUUACCAAUGGACAGGAACAUUCUUGAUGCUGCUAGUGGUGGAGCGCUAGUCGAUAAAACUCCAGCCGCUGCCAAAGCCCUCAUUGAAAACAUGUCUCUUAAUUCUCAACAGUUUACCACUAGAGACAAUUCUGUUCAAAGCGUGAAUCAAAUGCAGGUUUCUUCCAACAAAGCUCUAGAGACCAGACUUGACGAUCUCACCACCUUAGUCAAGCAGUUGGCAUUAGUAAAACCUCAAACAACAACUUUGUGCGGUAUUUGUACCUCUCCUGAGCACCCGACCGACACCUGUCCCAUUCUGAGAGACGAGUCCAUUACUGAGCUGCCACAAGCUUAUGCAGCCAACCUUUACAACCAAAACAGGUACAACAACACUCCUGACCUAUCCACCAACAAAUAUCAUCCCAGUUGGAGGAACCAUCCCAACCUUCGAUAUGGAAACCCACAAACCAGCCAACAACAGAAUCCACCUCAAGCUGUUGCCUCUACACCUUCCGGACCAUCCUUAGAGGAUCUUGUUAAACAAAUGUCCGUGAACAACCUCCAGUUCCAACAAAGGACCGAUGCUAGCAUUCAGACCUUGACAACACAGAUGGGACAAAUGGCCAAUGCAAUAGGCCAAUUACAAGCUCAAGGCUCCGGUAACCUUCCUGCACAAUCAGUUCCGAACCCAAAUGGGAAUGUGAGUGCAAUUACCUUGCGAUCCGGAAGAGUGACCGAACCAGCUCCAGCUCCAGCUCCAGAGAAAAGAAAAAAAACCAUUGCAACAUCAUCUGUUCCUGAACCUGCUGAACCUUCUGCGACUGCUGAGACUGAAAAAGCAUAUGUGCCACCAAUCCCUUUUCCUCAAAGGGUGCAGAAAAAUAAAAAGAAUAAGGCGGAAGAAGACAAGGAGAUUCUUGAUGUAUUCAGCAAAGUAGCAGUCAAUAUUCCUCUCCUCGAUGUGAUCAAGCAGAUUCCGAAAUAUGCAAAAUUCUUGAAGGAUUUGUGCACAAACAAGAGGAAAGUAAAGGGAAAUGAGAGAGUUAAUCUGGGCCGAAAUGUUUCAGCCCUUAUUGAGUCUAAUGCUGCACUCGAACCUGAGCCUGAAAAAGCUAAUGUCUCAGCCCUCAAUCAGGCCAUGCCACAGAAAUGCAAGGAUCCAGGAACUUUCUCUAUUCCGUGUACCAUUGGGGAUAGAAAAUUCGAAAAUUGCAUGUUAGAUUUAGGAGCUUCUAUUAAUGUCAUGCCUACUUCUAUUUUUAACAAUCUUGAUCUUGGUCCUUUGCAGCAUACAGGUCUUACUAUUCAGCUAGCAAACAGGAGCAAUGCUCGCCCUGUUGGAGUGGUGGAAGAUGUGCUAGUUCAAGUUAAUGACUUGAUUUUCCCUGCAGAUUUUUACAUCCUUGACAUGGCUGGAGAAACAGAGUCAAGCAGAUCGCCGAUCAUCUUGGGCAGACCAUUCAUGAAGACGGCAAAGACAAAAAUCGACGUUGAUGAUGGGACCAUGUCCAUGGAAUUUGGUGACAUUGUUGCAAAGUUUAAUAUUUUCGAUGCUAUGAAAUACCCUUUAGAAGAGCACUCUGUUUUUCAAUUAGAACUGCUUUCUGAAAUUGUUGAUGAAUUUCAUUCUGAUUUGUGUUCAGCUGAUGAUUACUCAUGUGAUGUUUGUACCGAUACUAACCUCUGUGUUGGUUGUGCUGAGUUUAAUUUGCAGGGCGAAGGAGAAGUUGUCAAUGAGGCUGCCAAUGAAGUUGUUUACGCAGUUGAAACUCUUGACAUUCCGACUGUUCCAACAAAACCAUCCAUAGAACAACCACCAUCCUUGGAGCUUAAACCACUUCCUGAGAACCUGAAAUAUGCUUACUUGGAGAGUAAUGAAAAACUCCCUGUUAUUAUCUCUUCUAACCUUGAUUUCGAUCAAGAACACAAACUUUUGCAGGUCCUGAAGAAGCACAAGAAAGCAAUCGGGUGGACAUUAGCCGACCUUCCAGGUAUUAGUCCAUCGAUGUGCAUGCACAGGAUUCUACUUGAGGAUGGAUCCAAAACAGUAAGGCAGCCCCAAAGGAGGCUUAAUCCUUUGAUUCUUGAUGUUGUGAAGAAGGAGGUAACCAAACUCUUGCAAGCAGGUAUAAUUUAUCCUAUCUCUGACAGUAAGUGGGUAAGCCCAGUGCAGGUUGUACCUAAGAAAUCUGGACUUACAGUGGUGAAAAAUGAAAAAAAUGAACUUGUUCCCACUAGAGUUCAGAACAGCUGGAGAGUUUGUAUUGAUUACAGGAGAUUGAACCAGGCUACGAGAAAGGAUCACUUCCCUUUACCGUUCAUUGACCAAAUGCUUGAACGGCUAGCUGGUAAAUCACAUUAUUGUUUUCUUGAUGGUUUUUCAGGUUAUUUUCAAAUUCAUAUUGCACCGGAAGAUCAAGAGAAGACCACUUUUACCUGUCCCUUCGGUACUUUUGCUUACAGGAGGAUGCCCUUUGGUCUUUGCAAUGCUCCUGGCACUUUCCAGCGAUGCAUGAUUAGCAUUUUUUCUGAUUUCAUUGAAAACUGCAUGGAAGUCUUUAUGGACGAUUUCACUGUCUAUGGUUCCUCUUUUGAUGCAUGCUUGAACAGUUUAAACUUGAUAUUAGAAAGAUGCAUCGAGACUAACCUUGUUUUAAAUUAUGAAAAAUGUCAUUUUAUGGUUAGGCAGGGAAUUGUUCUUGGUCACAUUAUUUCUGAAAAAGGAAUUUCUGUUGACCCUGCUAAGAUUGAUGUGAUUUCUACACUGCCUUACCCGUCUUGCGUUCGCGAGAUUCGUUCUUUUCUUGGUCAUGCAGGUUUUUACAGGCGUUUCAUCAAGGAUUUCAGCAAGAUAGCUCUUCCGCUGUCAAACUUGUUGAAGAAUGAUGUCACUUUCAGCUUCGAUGACAAGUGCAAACAAGCGUUUGACUUCUUGAAGAAAGCAUUGACCUCCGCUCCCAUAAUCCAGCCCCCUGACUGGACCCUCCCUUUUGAGCUUAUGUGUGAUGCUUCUAAUUAUGCUGUUGGAGCUGUCCUUGCACAAAGAAUUGACAAGGCUGCCCAUGUUAUUUACUAUGCUUCUAGGACUUUAGAUUCUGCACAGUCAAAUUACACUACCACUGAAAAAGAACUGCUAGCUAUUGUUUUUGCUCUUGAUAAAUUCAGAUCUUAUUUGCUAGGUUCCAAGGUUGUUGUUUUUACUGACCAUGCAGCUUUGAAAUACUUGCUGAAGAAGCCGGAUGCAAAACCGAGAUUGAUCCGAUGGAUGUUGUUGCUCCAAGAGUUUAAUGUAGAGAUUAAAGACAAGAGUGGAGCUGAGAACUUAGUGGCUGACCACUUGAGCAGGAUAGAGAGAGAUGAAGAUCCUUUUCCUAUUCAGGAUGAUUUUCCUGAUGAGCAGUUGUUUCUUUUACAUGGUAUUACACCUUGGUUUGCUGACAUUGUUAAUUUUCUUGUUGCUGGUGUUUUUCCUACAGGUGCAUCGAGAUCACAGGUUCAUAAACUCAAGAGUGAUGCCAAAUAUUAUGUUUGGGAUGAUCCAUAUCUAUGGAAGUUUGGUAGUGAUCAGGUAAUCAGAAGAUGUGUCCCCGACAAUGAGAUUGAAUCUAUUUUGAAAUUUUCUCAUGCAUCUCAAGUCGGCGGACACUUUGGUCCGCAAAGAACUGCGAGAAAAGUACUUGAUUCAGGUUUCUAUUGGCCAACUAUUUUUAAGGAUGCUUAUGAGACUUACCGCACUUGUAAAGAGUGCCAAAUAGCAGGCACAAACAUCACUCGCAAGAGUGAAAUGCCUCAGCAGCCUAUGCUUUUCUGUGAGGUUUUUGAUGUAUGGGGAAUCGACUUCAUGGGUCCCUUUCCCGUAUCAUUUGGUUUUCUUUAUAUUUUGCUUGCUGUUGAUUAUGUUUCAAAGUGGGUGGAAGCUAUCCCCACUAGGACUAAUGAUUCUAGAGUUGUUGCAGAUUUUGUCAGGUCUAAUAUCUUUUGUAGGUUUGGAAUACCGCGAGCUAUCAUCAGUGACCAAGGCACUCAUUUCUGCAACCGCACCAUGGAAGCUUUGCUCCGAAAGUAUGGAGUUGUGCACAGAGUCUCUACUGCAUAUCACCCACAGACGAAUGGGCAAGCUGAGGUCUCAAACAGGGAGAUCAAACAGGUUUUAGAGAAAAUGGUGCAGCCAAACAGGAAGGACUGGAGUCGUCGUCUAGAAGACGCACUUUGGGCUCAAAGAACAGCUUUCAAGACACCCAUUGGGAUGUCUCCUUAUCGACUUGUUUUUGGUAAGGCAUGCCAUCUUCCUGUUGAGGUAGAACACCGUGCUUAUUGGGCGGUGAAAAGUUGUAAUUUUGAGUUGCAACAAGCAGGUAUUGAAAGAAAACUCCAAUUACAACAGCUGGAAGAGCUUAGAUUAGAGGCUUAUGAAAGCUCUAGGAUUUAUAAAGAGAAAACUAAGCACUUCCAUGAUAAAAUGAUUUCUAGGAAGGAAUUUUCUGUGGGCCAACAGGUUUUAUUGUUUAACUCCCGCCUAAAAGUAAUGGCUGGGAAACUUCGAUCCCGGUGGAUUGGCCCUUUUGUUGUUACUAAUGUUUUCCCUCAUGGUGCAGUAGAAAUAAAAAGUGCAGGUACUAACAAGGUGUUUAAAGUAAACGGACAGCGACUGAAGCUGUUCCAUGAAAGCUCAGUGCCUGAAGAAGAGGGACAUGUUGAAGAGCUCUCCUUGGAGAAGCCGUUCUACCCAGCAACUACACCGUAGCCCCUCGGGUGUGUUCCUUCCUUUACUCUCACUUUGUGUUAUUAUUACAUUGCGGACACUGUCUGGUUUAAGUGUGGGGGAGGGACAUUUUACAUUU